AUGGGAGGAGUAACUUCAUCGAUCGCCGCUAAAUUCGCUUUUUUCCCGCCAACACCACCGUCUUACGGUUUGAUUACCACCACCGACGACAGCUCCUCCGUUGACCGAUUGUACAUAACCGAAGUUCCUCGCCGCGACGACGUUGACGUUCUGAAGCUGCGUACUCGUCGUGGCAACGAGAUCGUCGCUAUUUAUGUGAAACACCCGAAAGCUAAUGGUACGCUUUUGUACUCCCAUGGAAACGCCGCCGAUUUGGGUCAGAUGUUUGAGCUUUUCGUCGAGCUUAGCAAUCGCCUCCGCGUCAAUCUCAUGGG